AUGAUCCCCUGCCGACGCCCCUUUUUUACCUACUGCAACUCCGGUCGUGCCCGCCCCCUGGCCUUUGGUGACUGCCGCCCGACUCCUCGCCGCAUCUCGUCGCAUCUCACUCACUCACCACACCUGAUGCCCUGUGCUGGGACCCGGCAAGAAUGGUCCGUCUUCCUGCCGAACCUCGUGCGCCAUCCCGGUCCUGUGGAACGAUUGAAAAAGUCCUUGCUGACAUCAUGCUUUUCCCGUCAAGACCCCCUGCGCUUCAAAAACAGUGACCUUGCAAACAAGCUCCAGGCCCCAACCUUUAAAAAGUCACCUGUGCCCUUCCCUCAUGCCAUCGCAAGAUACGAGACCCCCUGUUACUUGCCUCCGUCCCCAUCUCCUGCCCAUCCACCUCACGUCUCCCCAAAGAACGAGGACGAUUCUUUUUAUUGCCGAGCCGAAAAUUUUAAUCUACACACCUACAAGACAGAAAAAACCAGAGAACCAGAUACCAACCUGUGGGGAAAACGUCUCUCGCACUACCAUACAUUUUACACUGGGAUCGCGCUGGGAUUAUCCCCCAGAAAUUAUUACUUGGGUUGGCCGCUCUGGGAAAAAUCGCCCCAACCAAAACCCCCGAAGUUACAAAAUCACACGAAGUCCCUCGAAGACAGUUUAUUGAUUCCUGAAAGCGGAGACCCCCUUUUCAAUUUCUGCACUGCAAGACUUCAUCCAAGAUACAUCUGCAAAAUUCCCGACAUCAAGCAAGAAGCCAGUCUUCCCUGCCGAUUGACAUCGCGCCCCCCUCGCGCACACCCACCGCUCCCUUUGACUCUCGGACACCACGUCGGGGGCCUCGCCGCCGACCCCGGCGCGCCAAGCCCGCUCGCCCCGUUAAGACCCAUCUCACGGACGUUCUCGCUGUCGCAUCACCUCCCAAACCCUUUCUAUCCCCCACUGCACAUCGCUGCAACCCGGCCGUGUCCGCCCCCUGUCCGCGGGUGUCCCCGCCUGACGCCCUUUUUUUGCCGCAUCUCGUCCACUCAGGGACGCCAUCGCAUCACCUCCGACCCCCCUUUGUUACCUACUGCAACCCCGGGCGUGUCCCCCCCCUCGCCGCUGGUGACUGCCGCCCGACGUCCCCCGCAUCUCGUCGCAUCUAAACCACUCCCACCCCUGAUGCCCUGUGCUGGUGACCCCGGGCAAAAAUGGUCCUGCCCCUUGCCGCCGAACCUCGUGACCCCAUCACCAUGGGCCCUCCUCUCCCAGAGACGAAUCCCGCCAACGACGGAUCCUGUUCUUCGAAGACCUCGCUCUCAAGAUUCCCCCCCUCGUCCUCAUCUCCUCCCCAACAACUUGGUCCAGAAUUUCUAG